AUGUUUAAAUCCGGCUAUCAAGACUAUGCAAAUAAUAUUGACAAGUACCUUGCCGAUAAAUCAUUCUUCAACAAGUUCAAAUUAGCCGAGGUAUGCAAGAUUAUGGAUCAUAUGCACGUAACAAUUGAUCAAGCAGUAUCAUUAUUAGAACAGGCCAAAAGAAAACUCAAGCCGGUUGAGGUUUUUGAAAUGAUUCAACACUGGAAGAUUAAUUUUGGUUGGGAUGCGAAUAAAGCCGCAAAAAUAUCUCUUUUAUUAUCUGAUUGUCUCCAGUCACGUUUCUACAAUGAUUAUAUUAAAUACUUCAUGAAAAAGAUUAUGGAAUUCUAUGAUGAAUCGAUUAAAGAUGCCAAGCGAGUUCAAAAGAAAAACAAGAAAAUUUCAAAGGAACUCGAAGACGUAAAUGAUAAAUUCGAGAAACUUACUAAAAAGACAAAGCUUGAUGCUAAUCAGCUCGAAGCAUAUGAUCAAAUUCUUCAUGCGCACGUCCAAAUGAUUAAGGAUAUUAAAUCUGAACUCGAUUACAUGAAAGAUCGCGAUUCUAAGAUGAAAAGUAUAGUUGAAAACAAAGAUCUCGAGCUUAAUUCACUUAAAAGUUACUUCAACUCCUCAAGAGAAUUAUUUGUAUUCGAUGCACCGGCUGAAGAAGAUGCCCCUGAAGAAGACUCUCUGAUUACACUUUUAGAGUUGAGUCCUUCAAAGAGACAGAUCAAAAUGCCACCAAUUCCGCCAACUCCGAAAAAAGAUUCACCACCUAGAGAAAAUGAUCAACUAGCACCAUUACCUAGGCCUAAAUCGAUGGGAUUAUUCAGAAAUCAAAUGCAACAACGCUUCAAUUCCUUAUCUAUUCCGAGACUAAAAUAUGACGAAGAAAUGGAACCGAAAAUAAGAGCGAAACUUACAAACGAUAUCAUGCGGCUGAACACAGAACUUGUUAAGAUGACUUCUGAGCUCGUAAACUGCAGAGAUACAAUUGAUAAACAAAAUGGAGAGAUUCAGGAACUCAGAUCGAAACUUAAAGAAUAUGAAGCGGCAAAACAAGCUUCGAACUAA